GAUAAAUAAACGGACUAGAUCGUCUGAUCGCUGAAUGAUAUGUGAGCGCAUUAUGGACAGAACUGUCAAUUGGAAGUUUGGCAUUGCACUAUUCACCGAACGAAGAAGAUGCCAAUCCUAUGAUAGAACUUUUGUGGCACUUUUAUUCAGUCAAAAUUAAAUUUUUAGAGCAAUGGCCGAUGAACCGGAUGAUGAUGAGUUAGAAGCGUAUCUACGGAGUAGUUUAAGCGAACGCAGAAGGAGCAGAUGGGGGCGGCAGUCGCUGCGCAGGGGGUCUUCUCCCUUCCUCACCGAGGCCAUGGCAGCCAAACACGGCAGAAGACUCUCAUCCUUCACCACUUCUUCGGGAGAUGACACUGCCAUUUCGAUAGAAGAAGAGGAGACACCCGAAGAGGUGAAAGAAAACAUGCGCCUCAACAAACAGAUCAUUGAAACUAUCAAACUGCAACCUUGGAGAAUGAAGAAAAAAUACAAAAUAUUGCGAAAAGCGAAGGCAUACGUCCGCAAGCACGAAGGAGAAUUGGCUCAAAGUAAACGAUCAAAGGACGUUUUCGCCAAGUAUAGGCUGUGGUGGAGUAGAGGUCUGAAUCGAUUCAAGAGAGAAGUUGCCAAUUUUAUGGUUAUGUUGACGCCAUGGGAAAUGCGUAUCAAAAGGAUAGAAAGUCACUUUGGAUCUGUGGUGGCUUCUUAUUUCACCUUUCUUAGAUGGGUAUUCUGGAUCAACUGCUUUAUUUCUGCCUUCGUGUGUUGUUUCCUAAUGGUGCCUGAAGUACUUCGUGGAGCAGAAGACCCGACAGGUAUGCGCAAAGAAAUAGAAAGUGACGAAAAAGAAAGCGCCCUAAAUCUCAAAAACAUCUGGGAUUUCGAAGGAUAUUUAAAGUAUUCGCCUAUUUUUUACGGUUAUUACAGCAACCGAGAGAAAACGGAAGAAGGGUACAGAGUUCCAUUAGCAUACUUCCUGACUUCCAUUUCCGUUUACUGCUUCAGUUUUUUUGCCAUAUUAAGGAGAAUGGCGGAAAAUUCAAGAAUGAGCAAAUUGUCAGAGAAAGAUGACGAAUGCACUUUCGCCUGGAAGUUAUUCACUGGCUGGGAUUACAUGAUCGGAAACCCGGAAACAGCUUACAACAAAGUUGCAUCUUUAGUUAUGGGUUUCAAAGAAGCCAUAUUGGAAGAAAAAGAAAAAAAGAAAGAAGUUAAAAGUUGGAAGUUAAUAGCAGUUCGUGUAGCCGCUAAUUUUGCAGUCUUUAUACUCCUGGCUUCCAGCGCGUAUGCUGUGGUUCUUGUCGUCACGCGCUCCCAGGAGCCUGAAGCUCAAGAGGGUGGAUCUUGGUACAGACAGAAUGAAGUCACUUUGGUUGUUUCUUUCAUCUCACUUUUGUUCCCCAAUCUUUUUGAUAUGAUUGGAAUAGCUGAGAAGUAUCAUCCCCGAGUUCAACUCAGGUGGCAGCUAGCUAGAAUACUUCUUUUAUAUCUUCUGAAUUUGUACACACUCAUCUUUGCUCUUUUUGCCAAGGUUUACAAAACAACAGACGAACUGGCUGUUUUGGCCAAAAACAUCACAGAGACCAUCGAUGCCCAGAAUGCAUCUCUCAGACACACACGGAGCCUCCUUGAGAUUAAGGAAGAUCUCACCGAGUCUACCACUCUUCUUUCGCCUUACAACUGCACAUUCAUUAUCAUCUACAACUGCACUCUUGCGGCCCUCUACUCGAGCCUUAACCUCACCGACUUUCCUCUCACCACAACGGCCUUCCCUUCCAACAUGACAGCUGUGGACGGAGAUUAUUUUCUGGACAACUCUACAACGGAAAAUGACUUGCAUCAUAUACUGCAUGUAGCUAACUUAACAGCGGCUGCGUUGAAUAGCACGACUGACAACUCCUCCUUGGUGUUCGUUAAUAUCAUUCAUGUACCCAAGGAUAAUAAUAAUAAUUCCCACUCGAUGUUGCCUAAUAGCUCUCCAUACGUCGAUACUGACAAAAUACAGUGGGUCAUUCCUCUAGACCUCAUCAGCGAAAUACCCAAUAACUGGACUACCUUCGAAAAUUUCAAUGAAUCCCUGAGUACAUUGGUGCCGCUCCUGUCAACUGCAUUUUUAUUAAACGAGACAACAACGACAGAAAGCCCUGCAGAGGAUGAUGACAGUACGACGACAGAUUCUGGUUGGCCGCCCGAACUGAACUGCACUGUCAUGAUCCCUGUCUGUUUUCCGUCUCCUGACUUCACAACGGAAGAUUCAGAUCUUGCUUCGACAACUGAGGGCUUCGAUAGCACCACAUCGGACGACGAUUUUGACUUGACGCUCAACGGCACUGAUUCCUCGGAAAAUGCAACUUCUGUUCGACCUUGUGCUGGAAUAAUUCCGGACGAAGAUGCUCCUUGUCCGAAGAAGUGCAUGAAGGAAGAGAAGAAACACCGUAUGCCAACGCAAGAAGAUCUCCUCAAUAUUCCCGACUCCACCAAAGAUCUGCUGCGGAAGAAGUGUUGGGAAACUGCAUUUGGACAAGAGCUGGUAAAGCUGACUGUCAUGGAUUUAGUUAUGACAGUCAUUUCCACAAUUUUAACAGACUUUCUGAGAGCAGUAUUCGUUCGAUACGCCAAUAAUUGCUGGUGCUGGGAUCUCGAAAAAGGCUUCCCAGGCUAUGGAGAUUUCAAAAUAGCUGAGAAUAUUCUACACUUGGUAAAUAAUCAAGGCCUAGUUUGGAUGGGUAUGUUUUUCUCGCCUGGUUUGCCAGCAAUCAACACAGUAAAGUUGUGCAUCCUGGUGUACGUGAGAAGUUGGGCUGUUCUCACUGCCAAUAUUCCUCACGAGACAGUUUUCCGCGCCUCGAGGUCGAAUAACUUCUAUUACGCACUUCUGCUCAUCAUGCUGUUCCUCUGCACGCUGCCGGUUGGCUUUGCUUGCGUUUGGCUGGAACCAUCGUGGCAUUGUGGGCCUUUCAGCGAGCAAAAGAGAAUUUAUAACGUCCUCACGUCCUACGUCUUGAGUGCCUUGCCUUCCUUCAUGGUUGACGUGGUCAAAUACUUGACAUCUCCAGGAGUCGUAAUACCUCUAUUACUACUUCUCAUAUUAAUUAUAUAUUACUUGUUUUCUCUAACGGGUUCUCUGAGAGAAGCGAACAACGACCUCAAAAUGCAGCUAAGAAGAGAAAAAAGCGAAAAAGAAAAACCUCCAAAAACAGAAGAAAAACCUCCGGAAGCGGUGGAAUUGCCGGACGAUUUGACAAAAUGGUCUUCUGCAAAGAAAAUAAUUCCAGUGCUGCCGAACAAAUUCCGACCAUCCAGCCAGUUACUCGGAGACGACUCGGACGAUAGUCAUGAUACUCCUUCUAAAAAAAGUAAACGUAUCCAGUCCUCGGAUGAGCAGUAUGUAGGUACGGAAGAUAAGAAAGCCCACAGAGAAGAGCACGGGUAUCACAAGGAUAGGAUCGGCCGACGUCCGUCUCCGAUGUCAACCGAAUCGCACAGAUCUUCCUCUGAAGGAGACGAUCGAAAAUGGAUCCGAAGAGGAGGCAUUACAGGAAACGGAGACUUGCCGCUCAUUACGAUCAGCCAAGCAUCGGAAGGAAGAGAUUCUCCAGGACAGCUAUCCAGCCUAAACUCUUCAGAAGAGGCAACUCCUCCUUCCAGCAUCACUUCUAGGAGAAGACCAGGUCUUAUUCCUUCGGUGAGCGAACAAGAGGAAGAUCUUUACGUAGAAGAAGAAGAGGACGAGGAUUUAACCAUCGAGAUUCGAGACCACACUCAUUUUGAGCCCAUUCGGGAUGCGCAGGAGAAUGGUGAACAAGAGGAGGUUGCUUUCACUCCAGAGAUGUUACCAUCACUCAGGGAUACAGCGGAAACAAAGGGCCUUACAGGUUGUGCACGUCCACGCAUACGGCACAUGGACGAGAGUUCUUCUACGGAACCUGAAUAUGACGAUUAUUGCAAUAAAUCCACACUUCCCAUGGAUUCUUGCCCGAACAAAAGGGGUCUUCCUUCCAGCCGAUCCGGCCGCCAGUCUUCGCUGCAGAGGUCAAAGGCUGUCAAAGGAAGCGACAGCCUGGGAAGCACAGAUUCGAACACUCUGAGACCCCCAUCACCAGAACCAGAAGUUAGGAGAGCAAAAAUUCAAAGACUGGACACCGAUUCUUUGUGAGCAAACUGAAUGGCAUUUCACAAAAAUUACCAAAAGUACGACGAUUCGAAAGUCUGGAGAUCUUCAUAUUCCAUCGUCUCUGGUAAUGGAUUUCUGGAUCUCGAAGCAGCUCCCGCUGCUGUUAAUGGCCGUUGGACACACAAGGAAAAAAAGAAAACAAAACCUUUAUAUAGAUACAUAUCUUUUAUUGUUGUCACAACCUCACACAUUUUCCCACACAAAGAACAAAUUACUGCACGAAUGUGUAAUUUUUGUCCUAAGCUCUUUCAACUACUUAAAAGUAUCCACGGUUGUCGCGCUUUCGCUUUAUCUAGAUAACUACUUCUUGGGGUGUCUACCCCAGAGUUUAACUUUGUUCAAUAUAGUAAAGCUGCUUUGUUAAAAUAACGAUGGAAGUAAGGCAUUGGAAUUUUAAUAACAGAACUCGUUAAGUAUUCCUUUAUAACUUAUGCCCCCUUCUAUGUAUUGAACGUUAGGAAUAGUUUUGUUGAUAUCAUAUAACAUUUUCUAACCUUAUUUCUAUAAUAUUUUGAGUUUAUUGCCUGAGAAAAAAUAAGAAUGAGGAACAAUUUAUGAAUAAAUUAUUUUUAAUUCAAGAAAGAAAUAUAUGCAAAUGAUUAAUCAUUAUUUAAUUACCUUAUAUACUCGCAAAUAAGUCGAAUUAUAAACUUCUAAAAUCAAUCACAAAAUUAAAUGUUUCAGUAUACGCACGUUUAAAAGUAUGAUUUUGUAUGAUUUUAGAUAUAUUUAGUAAUUAUAUUACUUUGGUAACUGUUUUUCUGUCAAGUAUUAUAGCUCUCGAUGCAAUUUCAUAAAAACAAAUGCUAAGUUAAAAAUAGUACUUUUGUUGUAAACUAAAUAGAAUUUAUACUCGAAGGGAAUAUAAACUUUCUAUUAUAAUUAUUUUAGAAAUCAAAAUAAAAUUAACGUCUAUAGAAUAAAUUUCAUUCGAAAUUUUAUCAUAUUUAAUCGUCUUCGUCUGACACUGAAAUCUGAUCCUUUUUUCUGAAUGAGGUUUCAAAGUCGCUUAUUCGUCGUUGUAUUCGACUUAUAUAUCCGACAUUUUAAAUUUCCGGAAAUUUUACGAUAAAAUAAAACCUCGACUUUAAGCUAAAGCACUUAUGAUAGUAUAUAAGGUAAGUGUUUUAAUUAGGUGACCUUAAAAACAAACAAAAAAAUCUUUCGUAUCUUAUUGUAAAAAAUAACAUUCAAUGACUAAACUCUUCGUGAGAUAGUUGUAUUAAAAUUUGAAAGAAAUAUUUUCAUAUGAAUCUUUUCAUUCAAAUAAAAAAAUGACAUGAGCUCUAGCCGCUGUAUCUAUUACAUUUAUUUAUCUAAUUACAAGGCAUAUUUUCACUUCAUAGGCUUAGUCUUGCCUUAACAAGGUUUACUUGUCAGAAUUUUACAAUGACAGUCUAAAAAAUAAAUAAUCAGCAAACCAUUGUUUAGCAAUCAGAUCAGAAAACAAUCAGGCAGAAGAUCAAUAGUGACUAGAGCUCUAUUUGAUAAGUACUUAAUGCAUAGUUAUACAAAUUGAUUCAACUAGAAACCAAAAGCUUUGCAACUUGAGCAGUUUUAUAAGCACUCAAAAUUUUUCAAAAUUAUAAUGACAGCUAGUUUCUUUUACGAUGAUUGAGCCAAAUUAGAGAAUAAGCAAAGAGAAAAUAAGCAGUGAUUACAGUUCUGUUUGUAAAAUUUAAUGUAUAGAUAUACAAACUGAAAGAUUUAUAAAGAAAAUAGAUAGUAAACUAGAGCUCUAUUUGGCAGAUUUAAUGUAUAUUCAUACCAACUGGAAUUGCUACAAACAAUAUGGCUUUGCAUCUUGGGCAGUUUGGUAGGGAAAUGUGUCUCUGGCUAUCCUAAUACUCUUUUAAAAUCAUAAAUGAAUUUAUACUAUUUUAGCUAAAUCGUAAUAUCGUAAGAAAAACACAUUAACUACUUAGCAUUAAAAACCGUACUUAAUAAACUACAAUAGCACAUUUUGAAAAUAAAACACCUUCUGCGUACUUCAUGACCAUCAGACAGGCAAAGAUCUCAUAAAAUGUCUUGUUUUGCGCCAUUUGAAUCUUUCUGCUCAAUGACGAACUGCCAUCAAAAGCAAACUUGCUUAUGGUUUCUACUGUCAAACGUCAAUCUGUAUUUCGAACGGGCAUUGCUGGCAACUCUAUUUCAUUAUUAAUGUUGUCAUAUAAUAAAAAUUAACAAUGAUGUCGUCUUAUAACUUUAUAUAUAAAAUCGCUUAUUCAUUUCUACAUUAAAUGAAAUAAUUACCUCCUCUGCAAAAUUCAUUUGUAAUAAAUUUAAAAGGAUAUUUUUCCUAUGUUUUAGAGAUGUUCAGGCAGUUCUAAUUUCCCCACCUUAAGCUUGUAAAACCACCUAAUAAAAUAUAUCACUUUGUUGUUCAGUUACAAAUAAUUAUGCAUUUACGAUUGAAGAUUGGGUACUUAAUUUGAAAAGCAUACUGAAUGGAGCUUCGGAUUAUUUUCUCUACGGUAGAAAUUAAUUAUUCUAAAGCAUGCUCUUUCGCCGGUGUUCAGCUUCCGUUAAUAAAACGUUCAAUCUCGGCCUGUUUAAGAAAAUUAUCGAACUGAUGAAAGAAGAUAGCUAUUUUUAUUAUGCCACUUGCACUACAGUCUUCUCCUCUACUUUAUAUCUAAGAAUAUGGUCUGUAUUUUUAAAUUAAUAAAAUUAUCUUAUUUCUA